AUGACAGAACAACAACAAGUAUACCAAUGUGCAAAAGUGGCAAGGCCUGCCCCUUCCCAAGAAAGCAAGCAGCAAGAAGAUGCAAUCGAUGAGAUUCACGCUCAACCUCCCGCCAAGACUACUAACACUACUCCUGAGACGGAGAACAAUCCCAAAUCCACCAAAGAGAACAUCACUGCAGCCCUUCGUGGAUUCAUGAACAUGGGAAUCUAUGUCUGUGGACCUUCAAGAGACGAAUCUUUGGACGAAGACAUUUCGGACGAAGAUAUUCUACAAGAAGAGCCAAAACCUACGACAUCCAAGUCAAUCGACAUUACGUCCACUGAAAACGACUACAUCUUCGAAGAUACGAGUACUAUUGAAGACGGUCACAUUGGUGCUAGCGUGACCAUUCAUGUGAUUACCGAAACAAGAAGCCCAGCACCGCUAAAGUCAAUUGAUGAAGAGACAAAGGAAGAACCCCCUACACGAUUGAAUGAAGACGUUUUUCAAUUCUCAGACACUGAAACUGAAGCUACAUCUCAAACUAUGCACGCAAAAGAAGAAUGCUACGAUGCUGAAUCUGAAGCGUCAUCUCGUAUGAUCCAAACGCAAGAAGAAUGCAAAGAUGAAACUGACGUACCAUCUCUCACUGAAGAAGAAUGCAAAGAGGAGCAGCCACAAGUAGAAUGCAAAGAGGAGCAAUCAGAAAGUCACGAACUCUUGAUGGGCAAUUUCGACUUGGUCGAGACAAACUUCUACGGAAGCAAGAAACACUGGAGCACAGGACCACGUGUCAUCUCUCCUACUCGUUUCGAGAUAUAA